AUGUCAUCACGUGAUAUACCACUAACAAUUGAAAUGGUCAUUUCUUGGGCAAAAUCUGGUCAUGAAUCAGAUAAAGUUUAUCGUUUUAUAUUUCUUCAUCCUGAAGAUUUAUUUACUAUUCCACAAAGACGUAGUUGGACAAUUGGACAUCAAGUAGUUUAUAAUGGUGAUGUUAAUCUUUUAAAACGUAUUCUUGCACUUUUUUCUGAUGAACAAAUUAAUAUUCGUACAUUAUCAAGAGAUCAAAAAACUCUUCUUGAUGUUGCUAAAGAACGACAUAAAAUUUAUCCUUCUAUGUAUACCUAUGUUGAACAUUUAUUUCUUCAAGAUGAUUUAAUUCAAGCAGCUAAACAAAGCAAUUGGGAUUUAGUUCAUAAUAUUCUUAAUAAACAUCCUAAAUUAUCUAAUGAAAAACCUCCUUAUUCAACAUAUUUUCUUUUACAUUAUGUUGUACAAAAUGGUGAUAGAAGAAUUUUAGAAAAUUUACUUAGACGUCAUGAAUUUCAAAUGAAUGUUUUAAGUGCACAUAAUGAAACAUUAAUAGAUAUGGCUAAAAGACUUGGAAAAACUGAUAUGUAUUCAAUACUUGAGCCAACAAAACAAGAAGAAUUACAUUCAAAGUCAAUUAAACAUUCACUACCAUUAUCACUAUUCAGUAGUAAAAGUAAAUCAAAUAAAAAUCCGCCAAGUUCUACUUUUAGUCUUCUUCCUCAUCCAGUAUUACAUCCUACUUCUGAUUUACCAUAUCCAACAAUAGAUCCAUUUCCUAGUGCAUCUCUUUCGAAUGUUACACUUAAUCUUAGUUCAACUGGCAAUUUCACAUUUACAAAAGAUAAUAAAUCUAUUACAAUUCAAAAUGAAUCAACAUUCAGAUGCAAAUAUAGACAACCAGUUAUAUCACCAACAUCAAAAGAACAAUUAACAAAAAAUUUAACAUGCUUUCUAACACAAGAAAUUUUUAUUGAUCCAGUUAUUGCUAGUGAUGGUCAAACAUAUGAACGAGAAGCCAUUACGGAAUGGGUUAAUUUAUAUCAUUGUUCACCAAUGACAGGUGCAUCAAUGGAUGCAGAAUUUAACGAUAAUACUGAACUUAAACAAAUCAUUCAAUCAAUGAAAAAAUAG